GACAGUGAGUUGAACUAGUAGUCUAGUUUCUUAUUGCUUAUCGCCGAAGGCGGUUGAUCGAUUUAGAUCAGGUUGCAGUUCCUGUUCGUCCUAAUGAGAGAAAUGAUUUUGCUGCGCAGUUUGUUAUCAAUUCUGGUACUUAUCCACCAUCAAUCACAGGCACAGAAAUUCUACGAGUGUGACAAACCCACAACCGACGUUUGCAUCCUCCGUGGCAUUGAACACACCUCAAACGAUGAGGAACCGAUCAUUCUACCCGAAGAGCUUCAGUUUGUCGAACUGGUCGACGGAAAUCUUCCGAAAAUUGAUGAAGACUUCUACAACGAAUUCGGUGAACCUCCCUUGAACUUCACCGUCACAAACUGCAACGUAGAACAGCUUCACGUAAGCCCACAGUUCGUACACCUGAACGCCACCGGAAACAGGCUGAAAACCGUAACGAUCAACAGUAAAGUUUCAUAUAAUAAGCUAAAAGUUCUUAUAGUUGCACGAAACCAGCUACGAAGGUUACCGAACAUCAAGGACCUGACUCAGCUGGAACAUCUGGACGUGUCUCGCAAUUCCAUCGACUACAUCGAUCUGAAGUUCUUCCAGCGAUUGGCGAACCUCAAAGUCCUGAACUUGGAAGGCAACAAGAUCAACUCGCUGGAUGGCUCCUUUCAGUUGGGUAAGCUGACCGAACUCCGUUUGAACAACAAUGAACUGCAGGAGAUUAGCUUCGACUCGUGGAGUUUGCCCAAUCUAGCGAUUCUGGAUCUGAGCUUGAACCUGUUGAUGUAUCUGAAUGGCGAUGAUCUCCGGGUACCGUUUCCAAACCUUCGUUACCUGGGUCUACCGGGGAAUCAGUGGAACUGUCGUGCCCUACCGAAGUUUCUGCAGAGUUUGCACGAGCGAUCGAUCAAGUUCUUCGGAGAUGUGACCCGUUGUGGAGUGAAUUGGACUACGGUGCAGGGAGUUUGUUGCCAGGAUAGCUACGUGAACUGGGUGACACUACAUUCGCAGUGGGAGAUUCGAAAGCUGGAGCAGAAGAUACAGACAUUGAACGAGACGUUGCUGGCGGAUUUGGCGAAGGUGAAGAAUGAGCAGGGCGAACAGAUCGCGAAGCUGGAGAAGCAAAUCGAGGAACAGGAGGUGUUGAUGGUUACCAUGAAGGGCCAUUUGAUGUCGAUGGAAGGAGUGAUCGAGGAUUUGAUCGAGGAGCUGUACUUGAGGGAGGUGGAGAACAUGCGGUUGAGCAAGGACGAAGGUGAUGCGAAAGGAGAAAAGGCCGCAGCAAAGAAGAAACUUAUCUAUUGAAACGUGAAAUACCUUGAUUUCAAAGAAACUAUUCCUAAAUUACAUAAUUAUCUGAAAAUAGCCUCUCAUUGAUUUCCA